AUGAAUCCUUUGACGGUUGUUGCAGUCCUUUCCACUCUGGCGCUCUCCGCCCAGGCGCACCUCGCUGCCCCACUGGCUGCUGCUCCUCUGGCUGCUGCUCCAUACAUUGCAUCGCCAGCUCUGCGUUAUGCCGCUCCAGCUGCUUACUCUGCACCACUUGGCUUUGCUGCACCUGCUGCCUAUUCAGCACCUCUUGGUCUAGCUCCUUCUCCCUACGCAGCUCCUCUGGCCUACUCUUCUCCUCUGCUUGCCAAGACCUUUGCCGCCGCUCCAGUUGCUGCCCCUCUAGCUGCUGCUCCAGUUGCUGCUCCUCUAGCUGCUGCUCCAGUUGCUGCCCCAUUGGCUGCUCGCUUCGCUGCUCCUUUGGCUGCUCCACUGGCAGCUCGCUUCGCUGCUCCUCUGGCUGCUCCAGUUGCUGCUCCUCUUGCUGCUCCAGUUGCUGCUCCCCUGGCCGCUCCAGUUGGUGCUCCUCUGGCCGCCCCCGUUGCUGCUCCUGUGGCCGCUCAAGUUGCUGCGCCCGUCGCCACUGAGAUCGUCGAUGCCCACCCACAGUACAAGUUCGCCUAUGAUGUCCAGGAUACGCUGACCGGUGACUCCAAGACUCAGGAAGAGACCCGUGAUGGUGAUGUCGUUCGUGGCUCCUACUCGCUGAUUGAGGCUGAUGGCUCCCGUCGCAUUGUCAGCUACUACGCCGAUUCAAUCAAUGGCUUCAAUGCUGUCGUCCAGAAGGAUGUUCCCGUAGUGGCGCCCGUCGCACCGGUUGCUCCAGUUGUUGCCAAGCUGAAGACCCUUGCGGCACCUGUAGCAGCGCCCGUUGUUGCGGCACCAGCUCCCUUGUUCGCCAAGACUCUGGCUGGACCCAUCGUAGUCUAA